AUGCGUCUCUCCACCAUUACUUACCCGCUCCUGGCGCUGAAUUUCGCCCUUUCGCACGCCAAACUCGUGCAAAAAACCCUUGAGUUGACAUGGGCAAAAGGAUCUCCAAAUGGCGGCCAGGAACGCGACAUGGUCUUCACCAAUGGAGAAUUCCCUGGACCCGAUUUGGUCUUUGAUGAGGACGACGUUGUCGAGGUUCUUGUCACCAACAAACUCCCCUUCAAUACAACAGUUCAUUGGCAUGGUAUAGAAAUGCGAGAGACGCCGUGGUCAGAUGGAGUUCCAGGUCUAUCACAAUCACCCAUUGAACCCGGGGACACUUAUGUGUAUCGAUUCAGAGCAUACCCUGCUGGUACAUAUUGGUACCAUUCCCAUUACAAGGGAGUCAUGCAGGAUGGGCAGAUAGGGGCGAUGUAUAUCCGCCGCAAACCGGAUGCUCCACGACCUUACUCGGCAAUCACGCAAGAUCCAAAUGAGCUGAAGCAAAUGAAGGUGGCAGAGGACAAUCCCAAUCUGGUUCUUGUUACAGACUGGACGUAUCUCACUUCGGAGGAGUAUCGCCAAGUUGCGCUUGAUUCUGGGUACAAUGUCUUGUAUGUGCAUCUUCGUUGUUUGGGGACACGGAUUAACCAAGAUCGAAAAACUAGUUGUGUGGAUGGCCUCAUAGUUAACGGACAUGGGUCAGUCUGGUGCCCUGGACACGAAUACCUCGAAUCAGUGAGCGAUCCUGGGAUCCAAGCUGUUCUUGAGGGUUCGAACCUUACCGAGAAGGGCUGCCUCCAACCAGACCUCUUCAACGUCCAAGGCGACUGGGGCAACUGGAACCUCUCCGCGGUCCCCGGCCCUGUUGUAUGGAACUGUACCGAGUCCACCAGCGAAACACCAGUCAUCACAGUCAACCCCGAGAAAAACGGCUGGGCAAGCCUGAACUUCGUCAACGCUUCACCGCAAAAAGGAAUCACAGUCUCCGUGGACAAUCAUCCGAUGUGGGUUUACGAAGUCGAUGGCCAACUCGUUGAACCGCGCGAGGUCGAGAUAAUCGCUAUUUACAGCGGAGCCCGCUAUUCGGCCAUGAUCAAGCUCAACCAACAGCCAGGCGACUACGCCAUCCGCAUCUCAGUCGACGGUGGCGACCAAGUCAUAAGCACAUACGCCUACCUAUCUUACGCGUGCCAGGACAAGUCGAACCUGAACAAGCCUCCCUUUAAGUCCUCCAUUGGCCCACGCACUCAGGGAUACAUGAACUACGGGGGCCAGAAUACCACCGCAGACGUCCGCAAGCUCCUCUUCACAGAGAAUCUCCCGCCGUUCGGUGUUCCGCCGCCGCCUCCAUCGUCGGAGGUCUCGACAACACUCCGCACGGCGAUGAGUCGUGUUGGGCACUCCUGGGCCUGGUCACUCGCCAACCACGUCCUUUACGAGACUGAAAUGACCGACUCAACACCCCUCCUCUUUGAAUCUGACCCCCUCAAGGUUAUAGCACCGAAAUACGUCUUCAGCACCAAAAACAACACCUGGGUCGACAUCAUCCUCGAAAUCGAAGCCAGCCAGCACGACCCCAUCCACCCGCCUCACCCGAUCCACAAGCACGGGAACCGAGCGUACAUCAUCGGUACCGGGACUGGGAAAUUCAAAUGGGAUAAUGUUACGCAGGCGGAGGCCGAGAAGCCCGAGUUCUUCUUUAUAGACAAGAGAGCUGCGUUGAGAGAUACCUUUGUCACGAACUUUUUUGACUCAAGAGUGUCGGAGGGUGCGUGGGUUGUCGUGAGGUAUUUUGUUACGGGGAAGAUGGCGUCGCUGUUGCAUUGCCAUAUCACUUCGCAUCAGCUUGCUGGCAUGUCGUUGGCGUUGUUGGAUGGGGUUGAUAUUUGGGAUUCUAAGGAUUCCUGGCACAGGGAAGACUAA